AUGGCGUGUAUAUUUUUAAUAUUUAUGUCAUCUUCCACAGAUGUCCCGGCCUGUCAUGCACCGAAGCCAAUAGUAUUCGAGAUGCAGGAUGACGGCGAGUAUACCACUGCAACUGCCAAAUUCAACCAGUAUGAUACCACAACCGACACCCACAAAGUCACUCGGCACCGUGAACAAAAGCCCGGCAGAUACAUAGUCGCCGCGGUCAUCGGUGACCGACAAAAGCCAGGAGCAUUGAAGAAUCCGUCGAUCACGGUCGUCAAGCUCUGGAUCAAGCACAGAGAGUCAAAACACGGGGCUCAAAAUGGAGUGAUUGAUUUCAGAACAGUUCUGGUCUGGAGAAGCUUUGGACACCGUAAUCAUUGGCCAGCUCGGCGUCUCGGACGCUUGUUUGUGGUAAUGAGACCAGUCUUGGGGAGAGUCAGGGAUACAGGAACAUUUUUCAGAAGGUCGCAGUCAUCGACCGUUCCGUUCACCUUUACUACGGACAUCAAUCCCGAAUCGUUUCACACCGCUCAGCCAGACAGAUCGGGCACUAAUGAACCUUUGAAGCAGCCGCUUUUGCAAGUAUUACAGCUGCGCGGACGUCUUCCAUUGGUCGGUAAUGUAUUUGGGACAACAUUACGGAGUCACGGAUCGGAUCACGUCGGCCAUACAUGCCCUUCUGGUCCAAGUCCCCCUUGGUCUGUGUGGCAGAAUUGUGAAAUGCGUAACGCUAGGGCACGGUAUGCCUUGCUAUGUCCCGUGAUGGCUUCCCACCUCCUUACCGGCGGGAUGAAUGAUCGAGGAGUUUGUGCCCUUGGACUGGCAACUUUCCGUGACACAGCAGCGAAAAAAAUGAUUGGGUACCUAUCGCAAUCCCUCUUUGGAUGUGGUCUCCGUGGAAUAGCAAAACGGGAAGAAAAGAAGACCCAUAUUCGCUAUCGAGUCACAAUCCGCGCCCCCGAAAAAGAAGGCGGUAAUCCUCAUUAA